AUGGCUGGAAAGGGACAGGGCUCUGGCGGCACCCCUGCAGAGCCCCAGAUCAUCAAAGUGACGGUGAAGACCCUCAAGGAAAGGGAGGAGUUUGCAGUGUGGGAGAACAGCACCAUCGCCGACUUUCGGGGCGAAAUCGCCAAGCGCUUCCGUGCUCCCACCAACCUGCUCCUCUUGAUCUUUGCUGGGAAGAUCGUGAACGACCGAGAUACUCUCAGCCAGGCCGGGAUCCAUGACGGAUUCACCAUCCACCUCGUCAUCAGGCCACAAACGAGCGCAGAGGACCAGGAAACUCAGCAAACGAACGCCAGCACGCAUGCUGCCACCCUUCCAGCACCACCCAACGGCACGUCCCUGGGCAGAGGCCCUCCUGGAUCAGCUGGUCUGGGAGAUCUGUGCAUGCUAGGUGGGAAUGCACCCUGCAUUUUAGGUUUCCUAAAUGAGCUCCAGCAGCUGCUGGUGAUCAACCCAGAAAUGAUGCUACAGAUUCUGGAAAAUCCCUUUGUCCAGAGCAUGCUGUCAAACUUCGACCUGAUAACAUGGUUCUUAAGGGAACACCCCCUGUUCCAGCAGUUUGUGCAGCAAAAUCCAGAGGACAGCCACAUCUGGAACAACCCAGCCCUCCUGCGAGAAAUGAUCGAGUUCGUUAGGAACCCAGCGAUGAUGCAGGAAAUACUGAGAAACAGGAGCCAGACUCUGCUGCUGGGUGGAGACAAAGUCUUGUGGCAAAUGCUCUCUGAUACACAGAAACCAACGCUGAAUGGACCACAGGCGCAGUGUGGGAGUGAUACACCCCGGAACAAGCCGCCCCCAGCGGGGGUGAGGCAAUUGUCCCACACAGAAAACAGAGACCCUUUGCCAAACCCUUGGGGCUCUCAGUUUGGUCCACAGAGUUGCAUCCCCCAUCGCAACCAUGGCACUGACGGUGGGGGUAUUCAUGUCAGCAACAGCCCAAACUGCAGCAUGGGGCAGAGCCCCUGUGUCCCGCCUGGGGGACCUGGAGUCACAGCUGGGAUGUGUAACCCGCCAGAAGUGCAGAACGCCUUGCAAGGGAUACCCAGGAAUGCCCUGCCUUUCCAGAGCGUCCUGUCUGUCUCCUACAUGAGGAAUAUAAUGCAGGCCCUGAGCCAGAACCCCAGUCUUAUCGUGCACUUCAUGCUGAGUAACCCCCGGUUCGUUGGUAUCCCGCAUCCCCAACAAGAAGUAGCGCGGGAGCUCCAAGCCCUCCUCCAGCUGCUGCACAACCCAGACAUGCUGUUAGUGAUGGCAAACCCGAGAGCCACCAAGGCUCUGUUCCAGAUUCAGCAGGCUUUCCAGACCCUGGGGAUGGAGGUGCUAAGGUUCGCCCGAGGCAGCGCUCCUAGCUCAGGGGCAGCGGGAAGCCCUGCCGAUGGCGGAGAAGUACCCGGGACUGGUUCUGAGCCACGCGAGAAUGCAAGCCCAGCACCAAGAUCAGCCGAGUCGGGGUGCCAGCCCUGUAACAUUGAGCAAAUCGUGCAGGGUCUUGGUCAAGCAAGCCCCCCGCUUCCCCAAACUCCAGAAGCCCAAUUCCAGCAGCAGCUGGAGCAGCUCUACGUAAUGGGUUUCCUGAACCAUGAAGCCAAUGUACAAGCUCUGAGAGAGGCUGGUGGAGACAUCAACGCUGCGAUUGACAAACUACUGGGCUCCCAGCCAUCCUGGCCACGUUAG